UGUCAACAGACAGGACGAACAGAUUUGGGGGAGCCCGUGUCAGUCCUGCGCAGGCACAUUUUUUUGAAGCCCAAAAACCGCAUAUUAGGUCACAUUAACGGGCAUCAGCACCUCCAGCUCACUUCACCGGGCGAUGGAGGUCCGCCGUUAAGUGUUAGGCGAACCGGACUCGGUCGGAAUUACGCCAAAAUUACGUCGGGAAUCAAGUAUAGUUCCCUGUCUCCCGGGAGCAGGAGAGACCACCGGCCGCUCGUGAUGUCUCGUGCCAAGGAGCGGCUGAAAGGCGGGAAGGAGACCAAGGACAGCGUCACUCUGCUGCCCUGCUUUUAUUUUGUAGAGCUCCCUAUCCUGGCGUCCUCUGUUGUCAGUCUUUACUUUUUGGAGCUGACAGAUAUUUUCCAGCCAGUGCAUUCUGGAUACAGUUGUAAUGACCGCAGUCUGUCUCUGCCCUACAUCCUCCCCAGACAGGAAGUCUGCCCACUACCUCUGCUCUUCAGUUUGGCCUUCGCUGUUCCAACUGCCACUAUUCUGAUAGGAGAGGCCAUUCUGUACUGCUAUCUGUCCAGGAGGUCAUCAGCCACACAGACUGAGGCCAACAUCAGUGCUGCAGGCUGUAAUUUCAACUCCUACAUUCGCAGGGCUGUGCGAUUCAUAGGUGUCCAUAUCUUCGGCCUGUGUGUGACAGCAUUGAUAACUGACAUUCUCCAGCUGUCCACUGGUCAACACACCCCCUACUGGCUGGAUGUGUGCAAACCCAACUUGACCCACAUUAACAUGUCAAGCUGUGAUGAAGCUUUUAUUCUGGAGGAUAUCUGCUCUGGACAAGACAUCGGACUCAUCAAUGCUGGAAGGAAGUCUUUCCCCUCCCAGCAUGCAACUCUGGCUGCCUUUGCUGCUGUCUACAUCUCAAUGUACUUCAACACGGUGCUGACAGACUCGGCUAAGCUGCUGAAGCCUCUCCUGGUGUUUUCUUUUGUCAUGCUGGCCAUCCUGGCUGGGUUAACCAGGAUCAUCCAGUUCAGAAACCACCCUGUUGAUGUCUACUGUGGAUGGUUACUGGGAUCUGCCAUCGCUGCUUAUCUGGGUGUGUAUGCGGUGGGGAAUUUCUUGCCUAGUGAAGAUCGAUCUAGAAGUCGACCAUCUCGCCCCAUCUUAAGAGAGCCCCCUCUCUCCUCCCUGCCCAAUGUCAGCCAAACAGCAGUUAGCAACAGCAACCAAGGCCAGCACACCCUGGCUCCUAGCCAGCCAGAGCCCAUUAUCACAAGGACCUCUUCCCACACCUUGUCCCCCGACCAAACAGGGCCCAUCCUGAUGCGAACCUCCUCCUAUCGAGAGCCCUCUCUGACCAAUCUGAAGAGAGCAAGUGCUGAAGUGGAGGUGAUUACUCCAUCCAGUCCUCUAAGCAACCGUGACAACAUGAUGACCUUCAGCAGCAGCACACUGCCAAGGUCCCAUGGAGGCUCCUCAUCGGAGGAGGGUCGCAUUCCUCGGCGUCACGCAUCCAUCCACGCCUCAAUGGACUCAACUCGAUCCAAGCAGCUCCUCAGUCAGUGGAAGAAUAAGAAUGACAGCAGGAAGCUGUCCCUCCAGGUGAUGGAUGGAAUAAGACCAGCCUCCUCCUCAUCUCCUCAGAGGAACAUGGAGCUGCGCUGCUCCUCAGAACCGUCUGCCAUGGGCCUGGAGGCAGAGCUCUGUGGUGGAACACACCUGCCUUCAGUCACUGGCCAGGAAGUAGAGCUGCGUGCUGGUGCCCACAUCCCAGCUCAAUAUAUGAAGCUAGCAGCUAGCUCUGUUCCUAUAGCGAAUCAUAAUCACAUGACCCAUAAUGGCAGCACCGGAUUGGCUGGUGGGGCCAGAGUGUCUAUCCAAUCCCGGCCUGGAUCCUCUCAGCUGGUUCAUAUUCCAGAGGAGGAGAACCCUACCAUCAAGGAUCAGGAGAGUGAAUCGGAGGACAGCAUUAUGGAAGGGGGCGGUUCAGUGAGGGAAAAGUGGCUGAGAGUGGCUGAGAAGACCACCAUACCCUGCAGGCCACUCAGUGCUGGAGGACAGCCUCGUCUUAUGCAGGUGAUAGCUUUAUCCAAACAGCAGGGUCUACUUCACUCUCCUCGGUCGGAAGACAGUGGUAGUACUGUCAGCUGCACUGGAUCCAUCAGGUACCGAGCCCUGAUGGACCAGGACCCAUCACCACCAGCCUCCACCACUGGAGCAGUGGUAGGAGGAGGAGGUCUGGAAAGAACUGGCAGUAUAGUCCGCGUCGAAGCCCACCCGGAGUCCAGAUCAAAUAAACCAGUAGUGAAACCUCCUAGCACUGACGGAAGUGGCUCCUGGCGAUGGAAACCACCAGAACAACGAGCAUCUCUGCGACAGUCAGCUUUCCCCCUCAAUGACCUGAACAGACACACAGACAGCUGUGAUUUGCUGAGGGAUGGAGGGUCAGUGGAUGGACGGAAGAGUGUGACUGAAACUGAGAGUGAAGGGGGAGGAGAUGGAGGAGUAGGAGGGGGUGGAGGAGUUGCAUACAUAAACCACCCACAUGUUGUAUACCCUGUACAUCCCUUACAUCUAAAUAACCCCAACAACUUCCAGCACCUCAAUUUUAAUCCCAACAACCCCAAUAUCCUCAACUUUAACAAUGCUCACCCUAACUUCAACCCCAGUUCUACCAACUCCACUAUGCCAUUCACCCCUACUGCCACCUAUGCCCCUCCUUUCCACCCCCACCCUCAGGCAGUCACUACCAUCAGGGUCACCCCAGUGGAAGGGACAGCUGCCAGCAGCGACGGGGGCUCAGACUGCCAGUCAGUGGCCUCGUCUAGCCGGGAGUCUACCCUUAGGAGGAAGAGCAGCUCCAACAUCGUCCACGUCCCUGAUCGAGGGCCCACCCCCGACCUCCACAACAACCACCGCCUCUGUGAUGAUGGUAACCGCCUCAACAAUGAUAGCAGCAACCGUUUCCAUGAAAACCUUAGAAGUUUUCAAGAAAACCCUAUUCACCCCAAUCACCCCAACCACCCCAACAGGCAGUUGCAGGGGAUGUUUGGCCGUCCCAGCCCUACCCCUCCCCCCACCUUACCCCGCCCCAUCCUGACUCACACUCCGCCUCCCACUCUGGGCUUGGCCUAUAAAGAAUGA